AUGUUUAUCGGGACACAGUCCGUAGCAAUUACAAACCUACACAAUGUCAUGAAUGAAAAUGUCGCUGCCUCGAAUGGACACAAUCAAGGCCUUCCUAGACCUCCUCUACCACCGUCAUUACGUAGCAUUAAUCGCCACUUAACGUAUCAUGAUCAAGAUAAGGUAAAUAUAGACUGGGAGCACUCUUUGCAGCAGUUUGCAGCUACAGUGAGCGACGAUCUGAACGACCUCCACGCUCGAUUCCUCCAUGAGAAAGUCGUGAAUUUUACUGCCUGGAAGCGGCUUUGGAAAGACAUGCGGAUGAGUGCUGCUUUCCUCGUGGAGUUUUGGGAGAGCACACCCACGACUACACACAAGACAAUACUGCAACAAGCACUAGAUGGACUUGUCUGGUGCAUUGAAGAGCACAAUGGAGAGUUUGACAAGGUUACAGACGUCGCCGCACUGAUUGGUCGCGUGUUUGCAAUAUAUUGCGCGUACUCUGUCCAGGUUGGCUCCCCAAAGCACAAGAUAGAUGCGGACCCGAGAGCUUGGACGGCGCUGCUGACAAUUAACGUCGUCAUGUCUGGAGUAGGAGCUAAGCUAUUUCCAAUAGCAGCGCGUGAGGUGAGAGCGAUGAUGCAUCGACUGGUAGUUCAAGAGAACGCCUUCCUUCGCUGCUUGCAGGGAUUCGGACCGAGAGUUCGCGUUAAGAAUCGCACACCAAGAUCAGGAGCUGUUGUCAUGCACGACUUGUUGCGCGUUGCAGAUAGCACGGAGGAAAGUGUGCCAAUUCAUCAAAGCAAAGCAGAGAAAAUCGGAUCGCUGAACGAUCGGUACAACGAACUAAUUAGUCGAGCUCGUGCUGGACCCUCGGUGUCUAGUGUUGGUGGUAGAUUAGGUUUGCGCCAGGCCAAGAAAGCCGUUGAAUCACCGCCUUUGCUGUCAGCUUCGCUGCUUCAAGAAUCAAAAGAUGACGGAAAAGGCUUGGCUCGCACGUUGACUAUAUACAUGGAGUACAAAGCAAACGAAGAGGGUCGUAAAAGCGAUCGCAUUGUGCGUGCGACAGCUGUUCGCGAGAAAGAAAGCCAACAGAUGCUUGAUUCUGUGAGUGAUACCAGUAGCAAUAUCUUGGAUUUGAGCGAUCAUGGCAGCGCCAUGUCUGGGCCACCCCGUGUAGUGGCAGAAUCUGUUACGUCCAAUCGACGUGGUAGUUACAGAAGGCGCAACAGUGACGCUAGCGAGGCUCUCUUGGUUGAGCUCGAGUCUGAUUUAUGUGCAGAUAUUUCAAGAGACUACCUAGAACCAAGUAGAGCCCAGUCGUACCAAAAGUUGGCAAGAGCACCUAAUGAGAAGCCAUAUUCAACAUUGAGCGAGGUUAGCGAAGCAGACAGUAAUGCCCUUGCUGAACUUGAGUGCGAGCUUGAGCAAAGUGCCGACGUUAUAUCAUCUGAAAUAAGGGAAAACGCCCUGUUAGAAGAGGCAUGGACUCGUGCACGCCGUAGGUAUGGCCGAAAAGCAGCUGUAUUAAGAAACGAUCCUCGUGCCACGAUAUCUACAGUGAAAUUUCCUCGGACUAUAAGCACCCGAUCGACAGCGAAGGGGGUGCGGACUAAUUCGGAAACGAGUCACCUGUUGUUUGCUGAUUCUUGGGCUGUGUCUUCGUCUGGAGACAACGAUGAAGUUGCCGCGAUACAAGCUGAGCUUGAUGCUGUUCCUACUUUGUCAAGAUCACAGAUGACUGAGCGUAGUUCUCAUGGUAUCGACAACCAGCGCAAGCUUUUUGCAAGCUCAAGCAGCUCGAAAGCAUUGUCAGUUGUAUCAGAUAGCAGUGAACUGAUAGCCCAGCUUCAAGCAGAACUCGACUUUUCUGCGGAAUUAAAAACCAGUGAACCCGCAUCUUCCGAUGUAGAUCGAGCAAAACCCCGGAGGUCGUCUCGAUUAAGUUUUGUGGCAUCAGUAGCUGACAAUAAAACAGUUGAAGACCUGGAAAGAGAAUUAAACCCUGAUGAUGAUGCAAUAGGAACAGCUCUACCACCAUUCGUUCCAGCUUCAGCAACGACAAUACGUAAGCGAGGAAUGACAACUUCCAAGCGGCCAGCGCAGCGCACGUGUAUGACUCGAAGUAGUGCGAAAAAGAAACGACUUAAUACUGCGACCGCCUCUAUCGUGACUUGCGAUCGUCAGUUACCUGCGGAUCAAACAUCUAAGGCCCAAGGCGAGCAGCAACUUUUUGUUUCUGGUCUGACUGUACAUCCGGAAUCUUCUCGAGUAAGUUUCGUGUCGUCAGAUACCGAAAGCGAUGGAAUAGCAGAAUUAGUGGCAGAGCUUGAAAUACCGGCAGCCGUUCAGAUCUCUACUCGGGCAGAUCAAAGUAGAAAUCUUUCAGCCAAACGAUUGGGCACCCGAUCUACAGUUCGGUAUCAAUCACCUGCCUCACCGAUUGUAGAAACACCUCAUUCCAUUUCAGGUUGUUCAAAAAUUUCUCCGAUCUUUGCGGCAAUACCUGACGUCGUUGGUCUUCGACGUUCUAGUCGUUUGAGCCCAUAUGCGUCCGAGACCGAGAGCGAUGGUUUGGAUGAGUUGAUGACAGAACUUGAAUCCGAUCCUCAUGUGGUGAGCAUGAAGAAGGCCAAGAAACCUAGGACACGAGUAACAACAGUUCGAAAGCAACCGAGUCGUGUCCAAGGGGCGAAGCCAAGACAAAAUCAAUCGAAAAGACUAAAAUUGGCUUGUGCUCCGCGUGCCGCUCGGCAACCACAAUCACAAAAGGUCACUGAGAAGCCUUUUACUCGUCAGUCCGCAGCUGUAUCAGUAAAUGUGCCUAGCUCUCGACGAUCUACUCGAUCGAGUUCAACUGCUUUUGGCAGUGAAAGUGAUGGUCUUGCAGAGCUUGAGGCAGAGUUGCAAGCUGGACACACUUAA